CACUCACAUCGAGCACACACAACUCCUCGCGUCCUCAAUUUUAUCCGAUUCACUUUCUCUUCUAGUUGUUUGGUCGCAAUAGAUGAGCUAUUGCGCUGAUCCUUCCUUCCGAAUUUGCCGUUCCUACCUUCCGCAUUUCCAACGUUGCCCCUACCGAUAUCCCGUCCAACCAUGGCUCAGAUGGGCGAAUACCGUAAGCGUCUGGAGAUGCUCACGGGCGAAAAGGGCAUCUGGGAGGACUACAAUCCCGCAAGCGAGGAAGGUUUCCCAGGACGAUCCAACCCAGACAGUCCCCAGAUGGGGGGAAAGGCGCCCAGUACACAUCCUACGUCGACGCAUAUACGUUCUUCGGCGACCGAAGCGGGUUCAUAUAAGGCAACUAAUUUGGCCAUCGCCGAACGAUCUGUGGGAACUGCACCGUCCCAGAAGUACCAGGAGAAGAUGCAGGCCAACGGCCAUAGCACCCCGGGUAUCCAGCAGAGAGUCGACUGGCCGGACUGUGGGCUUGAAAAAGGUCAGGUGUCUCCCCAAGGCGCAGCUUUCUGUCCCUGGAAGCUCGUAAAAGGCUAUCCCUACAUGUUCGUCGGCAAGCGGAACGGUGAGCGGGCGGCGCCAUUUUUUUCGACUACUGCUCUCCACGAGAACCGCGUUUGGGAUUUCUUUUAUAUCCACAAUCUCAGCCAAACGAAUCCCAGCCCCAUCCUAUUUGUCCCUACAUAUCAGUUUCAGCAACUCUUGGAGUUCGUCAACGCGAGACUAGAUACAGACCUUAAGGUUCCCGGGGGCAAGAACAUCGGCAAAUUCAGCGUGAGUUUCGGCCGCCUCGGGCAUACUCCGCGACCUCGUUUUUUGGGACGGUCCACAGAUGGCGAAACCUUCAAGGCCUUGGAGGCCGACAUCCCCCCACUUGAUCCGACAGAUAAAUUGGAUCAAGUACCGGUGGCAGCAAAGGACGAUUUCCUGGAACAGCUGAAAAUGAUCCACACAGCUAUGAACAGGAAGAAGAACUCCCAAAGGAACCGCUCCGAUCGGGUAGCGAGCCACAAGGCUUGGGGUCGAUCUAUCAAGCGUGUGCAGCGCUACCUAGGCCUUCGACAGAAAGCGACGACUCGCGAGGGCAACGUUCCAGGACCCGGGAACAGCCUGAAUCUAGAUUGCCCCACCACAUCAGAGCCUGAAGGCUCGGUGGUCUUCAUCGCCGUUGACAUCGAGGCGUACGAGUUCAACCAGGACAUCAUCACCGAGGUUGGUUUAGCCAUCUUCGACACUCUGAAGAUCCGGAAGACGCCGCCAGGGAAGGGAGGGAGAAACUGGAUCCCGCUCAUCGAUGCUCGCCAUAUUCGCAUCAAGGAAAAUGCUUGGGCCCGCAACAGACGACAUGUCCAGGGUUGCCCGGCGAACUUCGACUUUGGGACAAGCGAAUUUGUUAAGUGCAAAGAUGUCGCGACGUUCAUCGCGAGAAUUAUGGAGGCGGCUUCAUCAACCAAAUCCUUCGCCGCCCCGGGAGUGUCGGUGGUCAAGAAACGGCCCAUUGUUCUCGUGUUCCACGACUCCAGUCAAGAUGUGAAAUAUCUCAAAGCACUGGGCUUCGACAUCUAUAAGACCGAGAACAUCGUUGAGUUUGCGGAUACUCGCGAUAUGUGCCAGUACAUCAAACGCGCCCAGAAUUCGACCAAACUGGCGACGAUUCUUGAGAGCCUUGAUCUUCGAUACCGAUUCCUACACAAUGCAGGAAAUGAUGCGGUAUAUACCAUGCAAGCCAUGAUCGGAUUGACCAUCAAGAAGCGCCAAGCGAGUCUGACCAAUGCGCGAACUCGAGAGAAAGCUCCCCAGCAGGUUGAAAGCACCGCCAGAUACCCCAGUGUGGACGUGAUGGGUAACGAGAUCUGGGUACCAACCCCGCCCGAGCCCGAGCCUGGAGAGGACGAAGGCUGGAGCAGCGGUGGUGAGCAGUCAGAUGGGGGGGAUCCUGUCAAGCCGAUCAACCCGUAUGCCGACCAUGGCACUAGCCAGAGUGCCCCGGAGAAGACUGGUUGGUGGUGAAUGGGAUGAUUGGGCCGAACUUCACAUGGAAAAGCUAGGUGCAUGAGCAUUUGCAGCUGAAUCCGGGGUAGGAACUUGCAUCCCGCCCGGUACAUGAGAGUGAGGUUCGGGUUUAAGGGAAGGGAGAAUAAAAUUGAGCAGAGAAUGAUACGGCCAUGUAGCCUUGUAUUGAAAAACUUGGUCUGGUUGUAGGUAGUUGGAAUGGCUCUACCUCAAAUAGCCCUCUACCAUAGAAACACCAAGAUGCUUUCGACCCUUGACUCCCAAACGCCGUUGCUAUGUUUGAUCUAUAUGGUACAAGAGUACAGGA